CCCACAAACUCAGAACUAAGUGAACCGGCACCGCGGACGUACCAGGACAAAUCUCUCAGGUACAGCCGAGAUAAGAGCGUCUUCAGGCGGUUACAGAGCACGACAUCACCGCUCUAUAAUAACACGGAGACUACGGUAUAUUAUUGAACAAUCAAUCAAUACAGUGAACAUGGGCUUUCUAUUGACGAAGAUGAUGACAGUGUUCGGGGACAAAGAGCACAAAGUCAUCAUUGUGGGUUUGGACAAUGCAGGAAAAACUACAAUCCUCUACCAGUUCCUGACAAAGGAGGCAGUACACACGUCUCCAACAAUAGGAAGCAACGUUGAGGAAAUCACUGUUCGAAAUACGCACUUUUUGGUUUGGGACAUCGGAGGACAAGAAAGUCUGCGAGCGAGCUGGUAUUCAUACUACUGCCACACAGAGAUUGUCAUUCUGGUGGUGGACAGCACAGACCGGGAGAGACUCACCGUCACUAAAGACGAGCUCCACCGGAUGCUUGCACACGAGGACCUCCAAAAUGCUGCAGUUCUGGUUCUGGCAAACAAACAGGACGUAAAGGAUUCGAUGACAGCGGCGGAGAUAUCUCAAUGUUUAACAUUAGACACCAUCACCACUCACUCUUGGCACGUCCAGGCCUGCUGCGCCCUGACGGGGGAGGGUUUACCUGCCAGUCUGGACUGGAUGAGGUCCAAGGUUCUGGCAAACUGAAACUAUUCCAGUAAACAACUUUUCUUCAAACUGAGCCAACCUCCUGUGCCAAGAAGAUUCACAAGGUUACAGCAAAAUCCUGUUAAAACAAUGGACAGAUGACUACAGGGAUUGGCCCAAGAUGCAAGACCAUUUUGGCUGGGAUGACCACCACCAGCUAACGAACUUUGGUUGGCAAUUUACACAAAGAACUUCUGCUGUUAUGAUUAUAUUUUAAUAAUCUGGCAAAAUGAUGAGAUUACAUGUUAAAACCUACGUAAUCUGAAGAAACAUUGAUCACAAAUAACACAACCUGCCAAGUUGUCCUAUACUCAGCAAAAUGGGGCAUGUUAAUGUACUUUACAGGAAUGUAGAGUAUUAUACCCUUUUGGACAAAAGAAGCCCUCUUUUCCUUCCCACCAAAAUCAGCUAUCAAGUUUCAGCACAAAUGUGAAAUUCCUACAUAAUGUUUUUUAGGCCCCUAUUUUCAUGUAGCCAGGGAUGAGAUCAGUCUAGAGAAAUCAGACUAUAAUCAGACAACUAGGGUAGCCUAAGUACUCGGUGCAUGUAAAACACUGAAAUUUUAUCCUUUUUUUAAAAUCUUAAUUUCAGGAUUUACGUUUUUCACUUGUUGCCUAAUAUAACUAGACCAACAGAUGCCAGGAUACAGAGUGAGUUAUAUCUCUGUUAGUAGUUAAACUUUAAUGCCUGAUCAGUAUAUGUUUACAAUAAUAUUUAUAAGGAAAACCACAUUGCAUUAUGAUUGUAUAACAUGUAUUAUGUAAGGUAUUUUAAGUUAUUAUUAUCCACGUCAUUCAUUAAUUAAUAGGAAUAAGGGAGGUGUAGAUAAAUACCAGUCUGAAUACCUCAUACAACACAACACAAGCUCUAAAUCAGUUUUGGUUUUCUCUCUAUAGUUGGAAAUUAUUUGACAAAAAUUAUAGAAAUACACUUUUAACACACUGCAUAUAUAUAUCUUAAUGCCACAGCUCUCAGACUUUUCUAUUCCAGGUCUAAACCAGGAAUAUAACAGGUCUAAACCAGGUCUAAACCAGGUCUAAACCAGGAAUAUAACAGGUCUAAACCAGGUCGAAAUCAGGAAUAUUCACUGUAGUUCUAAACAAGAAAUUAUCUAAAGGACAAAAAGUUGCAAAUGAAGUGUAAAUUAGGCAAAUCUCACAAUCGAAGUGUUCAGCCACUCUAACAAAAGAUUAAUAGUCUGAAAGUUAUAUUUUGGACAUGAUUAGACCUCCAAAUAGGACUAGAAAAGAAAGUGAAAUGUGGACUACUUUUUAUUUUAUCUGGAAAUUGAUAUGAUGAUUUACUUUUGCUUUCAGGAUUACUCACUGUAACUCCCUUUAACCUUUAAACCCCAAAAGCUGCCUUUAAUGAAUCUAUGGUUCAAACAAAUGUUAUGUUAUAAUGUUAUGUUUAAGACUAUGCCUGAGUACAAGAAGCCAAAAUUAAUUUAUUUGUAACUAUUUGGGCAACUGUAUAUUACAGUCAUGUCUUAAUGGCAAAUAAGCUGCUGGAGACUUUAUUUAUGUUUUAUUGUAUUAUAUGUUCAAAUGUUUUUGUAGAUUCAAUAAAAAACAAUGUUGAGAUGUGA